ACACACCACCCCACCCCCAUAUUUGGACGGCGCAUACAUAGCUAAAAACGAAGUACAGUGCAACGCCAUAAUUCACUAAUACAUCAUAAAUCGUUGAAAGUACCCGCGAUAUAACGACCAAGCUAAAUCUAACAAAUCAAGCGCCCCUUAGUACUCAGCUGUAAGCCUGCAACUCUCUAAAACAACCUAAAUGAGCUCUUACUUUGUAAACUCGUUCUCGGGGCGCUACCCAAAUGGCCCCGACUAUCAACUGCUAAAUUAUGGAGCCGGCAGCGGCGCAAUGAACGGCGGGACGUACAGGGACUCUUCCUCCGCCAACAUGCACCAUGCGACGGGCUCUUACGGCUACAGCUACAAUGGCAUGGACCUGACCGUCACCAACCGGGGAGGGGGGAGCAGCAACGCCGCCAACACCGGAGGACACUUCGGGGGCGGCUCGGUGGUCGGGGACUCCCGGGGCUUCGGCUCCCCUGCCUCGGAGACGGGCUUCAGACAGCAGUCCAGCUGCUCCCUCGCCUCUGCGGCAGACUCCCUCCUGUCAACCGGUAGUGGAGACACCAAACUGGGCGCCCAGAGCUCGUCUCCUCGCUCGGAGCAACCAGGAAGCGGCAAUCUCAGCUCUCCUAACCUGUCCUCCGCCUCCACCGGCGGUGGUGGCGGCGGUGGCGGCACGGCGCAGCGCUUCACGGAGCUGGACGACGCGUCGCCAGAGACCGAGGAGUUGCAGCACAACCGGGACGCCGGCCACGGAAGCAACCCACCGCCCAGGACCGGGCACCCACAGCCUGUGCAGAGGCAAGAGGGCGGCCCGGCGGGAUCAGCCGCUGGCAACACGACGGGCAGCGAGACUCAGCCACCACAGAUAUUCCCCUGGAUGAGAAAGCUGCACAUUAGCCAUGAUAUGACAGGCCCGGACGGGAAACGGGCUCGGACUGCGUACACCCGCUACCAGACGCUUGAGCUGGAGAAGGAGUUCCACUUCAACCGGUACCUCACGCGGCGGCGACGUAUAGAGAUCGCGCACGCGCUCUGCCUCACGGAGCGGCAGAUCAAGAUCUGGUUCCAAAACCGGAGGAUGAAGUGGAAGAAAGACAACAAACUGAAAAGCAUGAGCCUCGCCACCGCCGGCAGCGCCUUCCAACCCUAGAAAUUAAAAAAAGAAAACCCAUGCGUCCAUCUAUGUGGAAAGGUUACUACCAUGUACAGGCUUCCCAGGAGGGAAAAGAGAGACAAAACAAUAGAAAAAAGGAAAACUUGAAGAAAAACAUAGAAAACAACAGAGGAAACCAGCAGAGAGUGGAGCAAAAGAAGACGGUGAUGAAGAAACAUGUGUACAAACAGAUUCCAAAUCUAGAUUUUAAAAACACUUCCUAUUAUCAACUGAGUACUGGACAGCAGCGCAGCACUUUUUAUUUGUUUGGCAUGUUGGUCUUUGGUGUUUUAGGGCAACGUAAAAAAAAUAAUGACUGUGGUACUUGCUCUUGUAAAAAAAAAACAACAUAAACGUAGUGUUCCUGUAUGUUGUCGUCGUUUUUAAAAAUCUGUCCGGAGCAGAGGAGUCGAGAGAUGGAAGGAUGGAUAAUGCUACCUAACUAUGUUUCUACUUACGUCCUACCUUACAACCUCGCUACCUAUCUGUUGUGUAAUGUCUGAAUAUCGUUUUAUGUGUCAAGUGCGAUGUUUUAUAAUUGACAAAGUGCUUUCUAGAAAUGUUAGCAUGUGAGCUCUUAUUGUAAGUUGUUUACAGCCAAUAACGUGUGUAUAGCCUAAUAGUUCGAGUCCCCCCUUGUCAGUUACCUGCUCCCGUGUGUGUGUGUGUGUGUGUGUGUGUGUGUGUGUGUGUGUGU